UUUCGAAUUAAUUUAACAGCAUAAAAUACGGAUUUUCGGGACGAAUUUUUUUUGUUUUCUACACCGGAGGGAACCAAUGGAUUGUAUAUAAAACAGUCUUUAAAAAAAAGUGUAUGACACAGCAAUCAGAAUGAGGAAAUUACUCCAACCUACGCAGGGGUCAUCGUACUUCCCUUCCAACCUAAGUCAUGGUUCAACUGGUCCACCAGUUCAACAGGGGUCUCACAUAACAGCUUUCAGCUUUCCAGCAACAAAAGACGUUUUGUGGGACAAAACACCCACUGGAAACUCAACCAUCUUACACAUUACAAAAUACAGGAAUAUUGGUCUUCAUGUCUUGGAGAAGUCCGUCCAGCUUGCUUACCGCCACGCCUUGCAAUCUGAAGACCGACCCUAUAGGUGCUUUCUUAUAGGCUCCGUUACAACGGAUAAAGAUGAGGAGGGAGUGACCAUCACCGUUGACCGUUUCGAUCCUGGACGGGACAUUCCAGGACGAGCUGGGAGAAUGCCGACAGCACGUCUCCCUGGUGAUCAAGUGAUUCCACUGAUUGUAUCCAUCGCACUGGAAGACGCUCCUACCACGCACAGUGUGGAGGACUUCUCCACUGUAUUCAAGCUGAUCGAGCACGGCUGCAGCAGUCGAGACACCCUGGACAUGAGCAACCUCCUCUCCUUUCGUAUACACUGCUGUUGCUAUGACAGCACAGAUGCCGUGACCUUUAACCUCCACGUGGGUGCAGUCACCAUGGGUUCAGUGCUCGAGGCCACCCCUGUCAACCCAGUACCCAUUAUACCCACAGCUCUUGCCAGGAACUUAAAAGGACCCCUUAGUCUGAGUGAGAUUCAAGGGGUACCUAAAAUUGGCUACAUCACAAUGGAUCAAACGCGCAAGCUGUUACUGCUACUGGAAUCAGAUCCAAAAGCCUUCACUCUCCCACUGAUCGGCAUUUGGGUGAGUGGCCUCAGUAAUCUGUGCAGCCCUCUGGUGUGGGCAAGCUGCCUCAGGUACAUGUUCAACAACAGCAUACAUGAAAGAGUGUGUACCGCAGAGCAAGGAUUCCUCUUGGUCAUGUUUUCUCCGUCCCGUCGUCAGCCGGUUUUCUAUGAAUGCCAUACCCUGGGCAGUGGUGACAAACCAGGCUUUGAGUUAGUGGGCUGCAGGGAAAACAUCCACGUAUACAAGCACGGUGAGCAGACAGCCCGCUCCCCUGUACAGCUUGAGUUAACCACAGCAAGAGAUGGUCCUAAUAGGGCAAUCUUCAUGGAGGCUCUGAAGCAGUAUAAACCCAACAGCCUCGAUCUAAAAGGCACGCCUCACCCAACGCCAAGUCAGCCACCACUGCCACGCCCACAUUCAGUUGCCAUGGCAGGGGAAGAGGCACAGACGAUGCCCCGCCCCAGCCCCAAGCCACUGCUCGACAAGAGUCCAACUGUGAAACCAAGUGUACCAGAGCUGUCAAUCCUGUUUGACAGCUUCCUUGAAGACUCACUCCUUGAUGUACCUCAACCCCAAGACUCUAUGCCCAACUCCAAGAUCCACCAUCAACAGCAACCUCGAGGCUUCUUGACAAAACAGACAUUUCAACCCUCCGUUAACAUGCAACCUGCUCAAGAAAAUCUAUCAGAGCAUGGUCAUAAUGUGGGUGUGGACAGACACAUGAUGAAGUCAAGUCAUGUUGACACACCGCCAGGACGACCAGGACCUCUGAGACCUGUUGAUACCAACGUGGUUCAGACGAGUAGGAAGAUCGGACAAGGCGGUCAUCACCACCUAAAUGAGAAGCAAGUCUUUGGCAAACAGGCACUCGGAACUGGAGAGAUCAUCAACAGGAAUGCUACUUCCGUUUCAAACAGAAGAAGCCAACAGCAAUCUGUCGCAAACCCCACCAGGACAAGAUGUCCAGAGAGAAAGUCACUUUCUAAUUUUGGGACUGCUCUGAGCAAACCACUAACAUCUAGAAAGAGUGAAAUCUUGCAGAAGGCAUUGCCGCCAAGUCACAAUCAUCAGGCAGCUUCCUCGACAGAUAAAAGUGUUGCUCCCGCUAGAAGGAUGUCUUAUCCCAUACCAGUCUCACAGAGGAAUAGGAAGAGCUCUACCAGCAACCAUCAACUACCUGCUCCGAGUGCGCGGACUAGACAAGCUGGCGUUAUCCUUCAUUCUGAGGCCUCAGGGAGCUCACAAGCAGAGAGACCGAUGAUCCCAAACCAACACCCUUCCUCUGGAUCUUCCUCGAGAGUGUCUCCUGGACCAGCCGGUCAACAUGCUGCACAGACAGGGUCAAGCUAUUCACCAUUGUCGCCACCUAAUACACCUCAUGAAUCUGAACAUCUAUCUGUUGUCCAUGCUACUCCUGAAGAGUCUAAAACCCGACACACCCCAUUGUCUAACUCUUCUCAUGCCCCAUCCCAUCCAGGCCCAAGGAUUUCCUCGAUUCCGAGAUCGCAGUCGACAGCUGCUUCUCAUCAACAGAAGAUUUCUACUGUGAAUUCUCAAGCAAGCACGACGGUUCCUUUUCAACAACAGUCUUCUAGUCCCUGGGAUGACAAACCUCAUGGAAACAUGGCCUAUAAAACAGAGGUCUCUGGAUCAAACCAAUCUAACAAACCAAGUGGCCUUUCUCAAGAACUGUCUAACACUCUCAUUCCCCAAGGUCAAGCAACUAGAUCCUCAGCUCCAAUCACCCCCUCUGGAUUUAAACAGCAUGGGAAAGAACAGCCAAUUGAACACCAUGGUGUGCAUGGCCAGCAACAAGAGCAGAACAGGGGGGAGAUAGACCAGGGAGGUAACGAGUUCAUGUUGCAACUGAAGCGACAGGAGCAACUAAUUGAAAAGCUUCAAGCUCAGAUACAAAUGUUACUUACAGCCCAGUCUGCUCAGACUAACCAUCAACUUCCAGCUGGUCUCAUGUCGCCUCCUGCCACACCCACUUCCUUUGAUUCUGCCAGUCAGGAAGGAGCAACACCCAUACCCAACCACACUCCAGCCACAGAUGCAAUGUCUACUCCCUUCAAUACUGUCAAUCAAAAAGUAGCCACACUCUCACCACGCCCUAAUAACCAAGAUAAAGCCAGUCCCAGCACCCACUCAAUCUCGACGGAUACAGCAUGCGACACACUCCUUCUGAAAACCACAUGCAGCAUGGCUGUCAUGACCGGUAAGAGCCUGCUGUGGCCAGAUGGAACCAGUUCCCCCGUCAAAACAAAGAAUCAGUCAACAGGCAUUACACCACACACAAGCCCAGCAAGAGAUCCUCCACAGCCAGCACUUCCGAAUAGAAACCAAGACUCGACCUUUGACACCGAAAUGACCUUGGAGAGUAACCCAGACAUGACCCUGCCUCUUCAGCAGACAAGGGAUUAUACACCAAGCGAAGUGUUUGACGUUAGUGCCGUGGAUCUUCAGAGUUUUGCUCACGACAUUUCAAGAAGUAAUGAGUCAUCUCCAGCAAGAAGCCCAGGAUGGGUGUCUGACAACGAUCGCGACCCAGCCCACCCUACCAAUCCCCAGCAGCAGAGGCCACCCCAAGAUGAUCCAGACACGACCCAAGGCACAUACCCCAUGCACAGUCUCCACAGCCCGGUGCUUGGUGAGAGUGCCAGCACCUGCGCCCCACCAGGGAGGAGAGACCUCUCUGACUCGGACUCUAGUUUUGAGAGGAGUGACGUCAACGAUGUCGGGAGUGGACCUGUGGAGGCUGAUGACGAGACGGUCGACCCCCCUGCUAGUCUGCUGUACAAAGACAAGAAUCAAUUUUACCAAAAUCUUUUGGGCAAUAUUGAACAGAUGCUUACCGACCAGUCUAUGGGUCUGCAUCAUCAAGGUCAUCGUGAUGCAGAUGAGGUUGCUAUGACAACUAAGGAGGAGGCCAGACAGCUUGAGUUUAACCCUGAGACGUUAAUGGACAGAUCAGUCACGUACAGGUCAAUGUGCAUGCUCAAUUCUGAUUUCUUCCCUCGCAUCAACUACGUCUCAUUGAUGGAUGUGGACCUGGACUCUCCCAACCUGAGCUAUGAGGCAAAUGCCAUCGCUAUGAAGUACCUGACUGAAGAGGAGCUGACCCAGCUCUCCGCAGGGUUCAAAGGUCAAGGUGCAACUCCACUCACCAAGGUCAACCCUCUUUUGAGGAGCGCGCUUACAGGGGUUGCCGAUCCUGGCCUGCAGAUGAGCAGCACUGGCUUCUCCGCUGUGGAUCUCUCUAUGGCCAGCCGGAAGUACAUGGAAAAAUAUGGACUGCUGGAAUCGCCAGAGGGGCAAAAGCCUGGGCAGGUGAGAGGCACUGGUGGGGCGGCUGCUGUUGAGACCCGAGGGGUGGGUGGUGUAAGAACAGAACGGAAAGAGUCCUGUGCGAGGAAGCAACUAUUAAAGACCUCAAAGCGGGUUACGAAACAUUCUGUGGAAUCUACUGCAGCUGGCAGUCGUUCGAAUGGUAGAGAUUUGGUACGGGACAAUGAGCAGGUUGAUCGGCACAUCCAGUCUGCUGGAGGAAGACUUAAGGAAGUGACUCCACCCAAGACGAGGAUGGGAUUAGCAGAGAUGGAACCCCCACAAAAGCCACCAAGGUGCUUCCACGGUGCACAACCACAAACUACUGCUGCACCCACUAGGCAAACCAACACCCAGAAGGGUACCAGACCGGGUGGGACGACCUCACCCACUGGGCAACACAAGAAGACUGGGAUCAAGGUAACAGUGGGCGAGAAAGCUGAUGGAGGUCAAACAUUGGAUAGAUUGAAUAUUCUAGACGUGCAAAGAUUGAAGCAACUGCCCAAGCUGUUUUAAUAUAUUCAAGUUCCCCUUAAUGAUUAUGAAGACAUCUUUUGUCGGACAAGAGGCUUAUGGCCGCAGUCACACAAAGUCUUUUUUAUGUAGUGUCCAAAGUAGUGGUUAAAUUUGUCCUUAUGUACAUUGGUGAAAGCUAUUGGAUUCCUUUGUUUUAGUUGGUAAAUGAAAUAAUCACACAGUUCACCAAUUUGUGCAUGACUACACUGCUUUAUCUUCUCGUAAGGCAAAAUAGAUGUAAAUAAAAAAAUUACUUUGAUGGGGGAAUUGAACCAAUUGGAUAGGAUAAAUCAAAGAAAUAUUUGUAAUAUUUUCCUCAUGGUUGUGAAAGUCUUGUAAAUAAAUGUGAAGUUUUUUAUAUGAUCUAUUUGUAUAUAAAAUUUAAAAGCGUAGUUUUAUUUAUUAAUAUAGAUAUAUUGUACAAAGUAACUUUAACUAAUACACUUGCAGGUCAACAAUGCGUAAAUCUCUUUUUGGAGGAAUGUUGGCUCUAAAAAGAGUUGGUGUGGUCCGGAUACCACACCUUUGUAGCCAAUACUUCUCCUGAAAGAUAUUUGUACCUAGCUACGUAUCUUCAAGUUUAUUAGUUAUAGUUACUAUACCCACUAUAAAUUGUGUUUUUAUUUACAACUUGUGUUUUGUUUUAUCCUUUUACAAAAAAAAGAAAUAUAAAAAAAAGUGUUUUGUAGUGAUGUAGAUAUUUUGAAUA